CUCCCUCACCUUGUCAGACACCUGCACCAAAUUUCCCCCAAUUUAAUUCUCACUUCUUUACAAAUCAUCAUCCAUUAUUAUCCGAUACAUACGAUACAUACAGUGGCAGAAACUUAGAACAUGGCAUCUUCGGAUGAUGAGGGUGAGACAUUUCCAGAUGCCGUCUCGGACUACUAUUUUUCUGAUGGACAUGAAGAACCACUUCCAUUUUCAAAGCUACCUGUGCAAUGGAAUGAGAGUGAGAGUUCAAGUGCUACUAUAGGGUCCAUUUUUCUGCGUGGCACCGUUGAUAAUGGCCUUAGAAAGUUUUACCAGCAGGUCAAAGCAUGGAAGUAUGAAUUCUUGACGACUAUUCCAGAGAUUUCAGUGCUUUGCAAAGAUAACCACUGGAUCAAACUUCAAAAACCUAGGAAGAGCUAUCAAAAUUUGAUUAGGUCAAUAUUGAUCACUGUGCAUUGCUUAUGCUUCCUUAAACGCAAACCAGAAGCAUCUGGGAAAUCUUUGUGGGACCACCUUCUGAAAGUUUUUAGGUCGUAUGAUGUGAGCCCUUCAGAGAAUGAUUUGAUAGAUCAUAUCAACUUUGUUAGAGAUGCUGUAAAGAGGGACGAAACUUUGGCAAACUCCAAGUAUUUGGCUGCAUUUUUAGAGAAUCCUGGAAAGAAGAAGAAACCUGAUGAGGAUGCUGGAGUAGCUACAAAGCCCAGCUUUAUAGUCGAUGAUAAUGAUGAACCACAAGAUGAUGACUUCAUCAUUAAACAGACUGAAGAUAGUGAUUCUGAUGAGGAGGAUCAUUUUGAUUCAGUUUGUGCCAUAUGUGAUGAAGGUGGUAAACUUACCUGUUGUGAUGGGAAAUGUUUUAGGUCAUUUCACCCGGAUAGAAAAUCCGAGGAGGCACAAGAUUCCAAAUGUGAAUCCCUCGAUAAAACUCCUAAAGAAUUGGAGGGACAACAAUUUAAAUGUGAGAAUUGUCAGUAUAAUUUACAUCAAUGCUAUGUUUGUGGUAAACUUGGUUCUUCUGAUAAGUCUUCUAAUGCAGAGGUUUUUCGUUGUAGUUCUGCAACUUGCGGCCACUUUUAUCAUCCACAAUGUGUGGCAAAUCUUCUUAAGAAGAAUGAUAAAGCUGAGCAACAGGUUCUUAAAGAAAAGAUUACUAAGGGAGACCCGUUCAUAUGUCCCGCUCACAAUUGUGCUGUUUGUAAGCAAACAGAAAAUGAAAAGGUGAAAGACUUGCAAUUUGCUGUUUGCAGGCGGUGUCCAACAUCAUAUCACAGGAAAUGUUUACCAAGGGGUAUCAUGUUUGAAGAUCAAAUUGAUGAUGGGGAUGAUGACGAUGCCGAUGCCGAAGUCAGGGCUUGGGAUGGACUUUUGCCUAAAUGUCGUGCAUUGAUAUAUUGCAUGAAACAUGAAAUCAUUGAGGAACUAGGCACUCCUGCAAGAACCUUAAUAUUUAAGAAUAUUCUUCAAAGUCCGACAGAGCAACCUUCUGGACCAUUAAAGAAGAAAAAGAAAGUUCCAAUUAAGGAGACGGACACAGAUUCAGAACACCCGUUCAAGAAGUCUGUUAUGAAGUUACAGCAUGGUGUUGAAAAUAGAUCUUCUAGUAAACUGGAAGGUUCCUUUAAGAAGAGAGCCGAAACUGGGCUUGAAUCCUUAAAGAAAAGGAAGGUAGCAGAUUCCUCUACAAAAACUCUAAGGAGGAAUUUGUCAACAAAAGCUAAGCCCAGCUUGAAUGAUGGUCAACCAACCUUGGGGAGCAGAUUGUUCGAUAUGUAUAAAGGGACACAGUCAAACAUAUUGGAGAAUAAUGACACUUGUGUAGAUGAACAUGAGCAAACCAUGACAGGCGAUUCGUUACCUACAGAAAUUUUACCUCCCAUAGAUGACAAUUCCAAACAGAGAAUACUGGCUUUGAUGAAAGAUGCUGCUUCAUCUAUUUCGCUGGACGACAUAAAGAAGUACCACAAAGGAAAAGUACCAUCAACGCAUGCACAUUCAUCAAGAGUAGACAAAAACAUAAUGUUGUCUAGGGUGGAAGGUCAUGUGGAGGCUCUUCAUCUAGCUCUGAAAAAGCUUGAAGAAGGAUGCAGUGUUGAGGAUGCAAUGGCUGUUUGUCAACCUAGUGUCAUUGACCAGCUACUGAGGUGGAAGGAAAAGCUCAGAGUCUACCUUGCACCAUUUCUGCAUGGAAUGCGAUAUACGUCCUUUGGUCGCCAUUUUACAAAAGUGGAUAAGCUGGAGAAGAUUGUCGACAAGCUUCAGUGGUAUAUAGAAGAUGGUGACACGGUAGUUGACUUUUGUUGUGGGGCAAAUGACUUCAGUUGCCUUGUAAAGAAACGGCUUGAUGAAAUGGGGAAAAUGAGGUGCUUAUUCAAAAAUUACGAUAUCACCCCACCAAAGAAUGAUUUCAACUUUGAGAAGAGGGAUUGGAUGACUGUUCGUCCAAGGGAAUUGCCUUGUGGGUCUCAAUUGAUUAUGGGACUAAACCCUCCAUUUGGAGUAAAUGCCUCUCUUGCAAACCAGUUUAUUGACAAUGCCCUUCGAUUCAAGCCGAAGCUUCUUAUUCUUAUCGUUCCUCCAGAAACCGAAAGGCUGGAUAGUGAAAAAAAGAAAGUUCAAUAUGAUUUGGUGUGGGAGGAUGCUGAGUUGUUGGCCGGCAAGUCAUUUUAUCUCCCUGGAUCUAUUGAUGUCAGUGACAAGCAAGUGGAUAGUUGGAACAACACUCCACCACCAUUAUACCUUUGGAGCCACCCAGAUUGGACUAGUAAGCACAAGACUAUAGCUCGGCUGUGUGGCCAUAUACCUGAAGUACGAGAACCACGGCAAUCUGAUGAAAAUAUGCCUGUACCAGGACCUUCAGUUGUAACUGGUGACAAAGAAAAUGAUCUUCCGAUGCCCAUUGUUAAUCUUCCUGGUAUAAAGAAAGGUCCUGAAAGAACCACAGGUAAAGCGAAAAAACGCAACAAAAAGAGAAAGAGUAAAGAAAGUCUGGUCCAGGAUAAUGGUAACACUGAAAUAAAAAACAAGAAGACCAUUGAGGAGGAAAAGUCUAAUCAGAACCCAAAUAAGAGAAACCGUCUUAGUCAAGAAAAAGAACCAGAGAAACCUGACUAUAAGCAUCUUGGGGAUCCCUCGCGUCAAGAACAAGAAGCUGAGAAAUAUGAUGACAGAGAUCCUCGGGUGUUCUCUGAUGAAGGUCAAGCUCAAAAACAUGAAGAAACUCUGAAACAUGAUAAAAGUCGAGCUUCCCCUCUUGAAGAUUAUGCUCAGAAACAUGACAAAACUCAGGCUCCCUCUCGUGAAGAUCAAACGCAGAAAGUUAACAAAAAUCAGGCUUCCUCUCGUGAAGAUCAAACGCAGAAACUUAACAAAAAUCAGGCUUCCUCUCGUGAUGAUCAAGUUCAGAACUACAAAAUGCAGGGUCCCUCUCGUGAAAAUCAAGCUCAGAGACACGACAAAACUCAGGGUUCCUCUCGUGAAGGUUCCCAGAAACCUCGUGAAAUUGAAGCUCCGAAACUUGACAAUAGGCAUGCUACUCAUGAAGAUUCAGCUCAGAAGUUUAACAACAAGCAUCAUAGAGCCCCAUCUCGUGAAAAUGAAGUUCAGAAACUGGACAAUAAGCAUAAUUCACCUACCGUUCGUGAAGAUCAAGCUCAUGAAACUCGUGAUACAGAUUUUAGCUUUUUGAAUGAUGAACGAUUGUUUGACCAAAGCAUAGAGAUGAGGUACAACGAUGAAUCGACUUUUAGCUUACAGAAUGAUGCAGGGCCAUCAUUUGACCCAUUUUUGGAUAGAAGGUACCCAACCACUGAGGAACCUUAUCCAGGUUCAGGCUAUAGGCGAUUAGAGGGUACUAAUCUUCUAACUUCUAGCUAUUCAACAAGACCUGAUCCGGUUCAGUAUACUGCCUAUGAUAGGGUUGGUAGGGGGUCUUAUUUUGACGAAAUGAGUUCACGAAGCAGUAACUAUUCGAUGGCCCAUCAUGAACCUGGAUUAACCAGGGGUGGUGCUGCAGAUAUCAUACCAUAUAACCGGACUAGCACAUCUACAAUGCAGCGGUAUGCACCAAGGCUGGAUGAACUGAACUCAAGGAUGAACAUGGGGAGGUCUGAAGUAGAUGGGUUGAGCCACACUAGGAUGAGUAGCUUGGGACACCCUGAACCGCUUAUUGGAAAUCGCGGUGUUGUUGGUUAUCACCCACCUCUGCACGGACCGGGAUAUCGUACGGAUUCCAUAGGGUUUGCACCCGGUCCGUACAACCCAUAUUCACAACAUAACUCGUCAGGUGGUUGGCUGAACGAGUGAUCAAGGUUGGCGUAGUUCGCUUUUAUGUUGCAUAUCUUUCACUUUGUGCUGUCACAUAGUUUGAUGCUUCUGAAAUAUAUGGAUCAUGGUUUUCGUGUAA